AUGGCAUCUCAAGGUCAAGUUCUGGACACCACUGAGGAGGAAAAUUGCAGCAUGGAUUUUCGACGGAAUCUUCUGAAGAUUGAUGGACAUUUGGGGGCCAAAGAUGUGGAGGCCCUAAAGUUCCUCUGCCGAGACUUGCUCUCCCAUAGGAGUCUGGAGAAGGCCCGCUCAGCCUUGGAGAUUUUUGAGCAGCUCCUUGCACAGGAGCAGCUGAGCGUGGAAGACCCUUUCCUCCUGGUGGAGCUCCUCUGUGUCAUCAGGCAGCAGUCACUGCUGCGGUACCUGGGGUACUGCAAAGAGCAAGUGCACAGCUUACCCCCGGCCCGGAGGAAGAUCUCUCUGUACAGAAACCUGCUCUAUGAACUGUCAGAAGACCUGGACUCCGAGAACGUAAGGAGCAUAAAGUUCCUUCUGCCGGAUGUGUUUCCAAAAACUGAGAUGACCUCUCUAAGUUGCCUGACACAUCUAGAGAAACAAGAUCUAUUAAGUGAGAAUGAUCUGACGGUACUGGAGAGUCUCGUCAAAACGGUUAUGCCUAGUCUUGUGAGAAAGAUAGAAAAAUAUCAAACAGAGAAAAUCUCCCAGGUAGUGACAGCUCCUAUAGACAAGGAAACUGAGGGAGUACCUCAAGCAGAGGAAGAGUUACCUUCCCUUGUAGCCAAUAUGCAAGUCCGCACUAUGCUCCCAGAGCUCCCAAAAAGCGAGCCCUGGCCAAAUGAGCAUGUAAGGAGUAAUGGUGACAGAGCCACAAAUGGGGCACCAAGCUUGGUCUCCGUGGAAGAGUUGGGAGCAUCUGCUGCUAUCAUAAAUGCCGAAACCAGCACAAAGGAGGCAGCUGUGUACAGGAUGGAUCGGAAGCACAGAGGUCACUGUGUCAUUGUCAACAAUGACAACUUUACCUCACUGCCACGCAGACCAGGGACUCAUAAAGAUGCUGAGAGCCUGAAGUGCGUGUUUGAGUGGCUUGGAUUCACAGUACGGGUAUACAAUGAUGUGACUAAAGUAGGCCUGGAGGAGGCUCUGCAGCAUUAUAAAAGUCACCCAGGUCAUACUGACGGGGACUGCUUCGUGUGCUGUAUCCUAACCCAUGGGAAGUUUGGAGCUGUCUACUCCUCCGACGGGGCCCUCAUUCUCAUUCGGGAAAUCAUGUCUCACUUCACAGCCCAGCAGUGCCCUGGUCUGGCUCUCAAACCCAAACUCUUUUUCAUCCAGGCCUGUCAAGGUGAAGAGACACACCCUUCCAUAUCCAUUGAAGCAGAUGCUCUGAAUUCGGAGAAACUACUCCCUCACCCCCGGGAGAAGAGCCUUCAGGACAGCGUUCCUAUUGAGGCAGAUUUCUUGCUUGGCUUGGCCACUGUCCCAGGCUAUGUAUCCUUUCGGCAUGUGGAGAGAGGCAGCUGGUAUAUCCAGUCUCUGUGUAAUCAUUUGAAGGACUUGAUCCCAAGACGUGAAGACAUCUUAUCUAUCCUCACUGCUGUCAACAAUGAUGUAAGCCAGCAAGCAGACAAACAUAAGACAAAGAAACAGAUGCCCCAGCCUGCUUUCACACUACGGAAAAAACUAGUAUUCCCGGUGCCACAGAAAUGCAUCCUGGCUGUUCUGGAUGACUGCUUCAUAUGUGAGCACAGUGCCAACAUUGUGGGACCCACAGAAAUUCAUGAACUUUACACUGAACUUUUUAUUGUAGUGUGGAUGGCUAGCUGUCCAUAG